UUCAUUUUUUGUAAAGCACUUUGAAUUGCUUUGUGUUGAAAGGUGCUAUAUAAAUAAACUUGCCUUGCCUUGCCUAAUAAAUGCCACCACAAUGUCUGAGCUGGAUGAAGUUGUCACCAGUGCUGUGGUGGUGUUCUCCAGCUCCCACAGUGACAGAAAUGUUGGAAAACAUUUUGAAAAUCUCCAAGGACUACUGACAAAUUCAGCGCAGUCAAACUUGGACGAUUCAACCAUUGUGGAAGACUGUGUGACUGAUAUCGGACCUACGCCCUUCAAACAGCAUUUUGAGGACUUAAUAACCCAAACAGUUAUUGAGAAAUCUGGUGAUGACAACAUGUACUUCUGCCCGACUUUCAUCCCUUCCUUGCUUAAGUACUUUCUGCCCCUGGCUGGUCUGUGGUCUGGCCUACUCUUGGGUGACCUUGGAACAGGGACCAUUUAUCAGAAACUUUCCCAGAAGUACAAAACUGCUGCAAAAAAACCCACACAGAAUUACACAGAGGACAACAAAACUCGAGGGAUAAUGGAAAAAAGCCAGUGGGACCUCAAAAAGAUCUGUUUUCAACGGAGACGUCUGACCAGGCUGGACGAUUUUGUACAUACAUACAAAGUCACCUUGAGCGCCCUGCUAAGGGAAUAUGGCGACUCUCUGAGGAGGGGGAAGAAGACCCAUCGUGUGGACAUGGAGCGAUGGGAACAAAGAAAGCAGAACAGGCGAGGAGUUUAUGUGACACCCAUAAACAAGCCUUUUGUUUUCAGACAGCACAAGAAGAAUCUCAUGCAGAAGACAAAAACAGCAAAAGCUCCAGCUCCACUACAAAAACAAGCGCCAGGUGAAACGGAAGCACAUAUUCCAUCACAGGUAAUCCCAUUUAGCAUGGUUAAACAAAGCCAGGAAGCAUUUGAAACACAUACAUCUAAACCAGCUUGGAAUCUACAGCUUAAUGAUGCAUUUUCUAUUAGAAUACUGUAGGUAAUGAUAGAAGAAUUUAAGAUUCAAAUUGUGUGAUGAAGUGAUUAACUAUGACAUGCACUUAACAACACAUAUUGGACAAUGUGAAAGGCAAUGUUGAUGUUU